GGCACGACCCAUAAUUCCUCCACCUAGGUAGCUGCCUGAGGAGUUGGGAAGAGGUCGUCCACCAGCUCGAGUUUUUGACUCAGGAAUAAAAGCUGUGGGUUCCAGUGUUCUUUGGAAAGUUUCUGCAUAAAUGGCCAGGUGGCAGAACUUUGCAGAUUUUGCCAUAGCUCAAGAAAAUAACUAUUACUACUACUGGCAAAGAGAGAAGCCUGAGCUCCAACCUGACCAGGGUUACGGCUGUGGCAUCUGGUAUGAGCAGCCAUGGGGCUCUUACACUCCAUCCAGGUACAGCUACAGCUGCGCAGUGGCUGGAAAUGGACCUCAGCCUUUUAUGUACAAGGUGGCCGUACACUCAGCUGGGACUUCAGUGAUUCUCCAGGAAGCCAAGCUGAAAACCAACUUUCCAGCUGAAGGCCAAGAUGAAGACUCACUAGAAGAUCCAAAUCUCCCUUUGAAUAUUGAGGAAUUAAACAAGGAGUUCAUGGCACAAAGUGAAGAGCUCUACGACUCUCUCAUGGAUUGUCACUGGCAGCCCCUGGACACAGUGCACUCUGACAUCCCCGAUCAGACCCCAAAGUGAGCGGGCUGUUCCUGAAGCUACCCAGGUAUCAUGUUCAUCCGUGUCUCAUUUUGGUUUAGAGAAGAAAAAUUCUUCCCAGAGGGUACUGGAUCACAGAUGCCAUUAGACACAGACGCUGUGGACACAAACUUUCAGGAUUUAAUGUGACUGACGUGGUAGACUAUGACAUAAAUAAACUUUCCCAACACGUCCAUUUCUGGAAGUGUGGUAUUUUAAGAUAGUGCAGGAAGACUCACAUGAAUUUCCCGGUAGAACAUGUCCCAUCAGACACUGCAAAAGAAGCUGACUAGGCAGUGAUCUUGAGCUUGCUGAUUGUGGCAAGAGUGACUCUAUGUUUUGCUGGCUUCCUGAACAUUAAACUCUCCUGGUGAGAAAUCGCAUUCACAGAGAAUACAAGGUCCUCUUGCUUGUAUCUUGUCUAGAAAAUGUCAAUUAUCUCCACUGACUGUCUGGUGCUCUUUAAGGAAGCUGGGUGUAGUGUUACACAUCUGUCAUGUCAGCCCUGUGAAAAGCUGGGGCAGGAAGAUCUCAAAUUUGAACCCAGCCUGUCAAAAAAGGGCUAUGAAUGUAGCUCAUUAUGAAGGCCCUGGGUUCAACCCCUGGUGCCACAGAAAAGCAGUGAGUGACAGUUGAGACUCUCGCAUCUCAGCUGAGCAGAUUCCUAACUAAGCACGAAAAGUUUGGUUUACCCAAAUGGCCUGCUGGUUUUCUAAAAUAGAGGAAUUGGAGAUUGAUAAAGGUAAAAGCCAGUUCUGAAACUUCAGUGUGCAUCUUGGCUGUGCACCUUCUCAGGCAUCUUUUUCUGGGAGGGGUCCUCGAGGGUGAGCACUGUGCCCUGCUGCAUUGCUUUGCCUUGGGUGGGCAUCGCCUAGAGAGCUGAGCAGGCUGCAGGCAGAGGCGAGCACCAGACACCAGUCCUCUCACUGACUUCGCUCAAAGACCGAAUCCGUUCGCAAAGCCUGGUGGGCUGCAGGGGUGUCCAGCAGUGUCCUGUGUCCCCAAGUGAGGGACAGGGCUUCUCAGCCCCAGGCCUGUUCCAUCUGGGCUGGACACAGCUGUGCUCCAGGGACAUCCCGUGCUGGCCUGACUGUACCUCUACAGGCCACAGCACUUCCAGUGCUGGGUGUGCCACUACAGUACACCCAGAUGUGCGGACCGGGAUGUCUCUAGACACUGCCAAGUGUCCCUGGCAGCAAAACUGUCCCAAUUCAGAACCACUAGGACAGGGCAACUUUUCAGACUCCAGAGUGUGCUCGGCUCCUGGAAAGUUUUGUUGGGACCCAAGAUCAGUUUUUGCUGAAUGUUUGUCACCUUUGCCUCACUGUAAACCGCAAAAAUCAUAUGUCCAACCAUUAUAAUUAGGGACUUUUUAAGCCACUUUGAAUUUUUGUCAUCUGUAACAAAAGCAUCCUAACAGAUACAGUAACAGUGGCAAAGAACUUGGUGUCCUGGAAUCCAGAGGAGGGCUGUGUCCUGAGCCUGUAAUCCCAGCUGCUUGGGAGGCUGAGGUAGGAGGACUACAAGUUCAAGGCCAAGCUGCCCACUUUAGUAAGACUUCAUCUCAAAGUAGAAAAGGGUAGGAUGAGGCUCAGUGGGAGAGGCCUCACCCAGUGUGUGUGAGGCCCCGGGUUCAUCCCUGGCUUCGCAAAAAUAAAAACCCCCUCAGUACGUCUGGAGCUUUGCUGAUAUGGAAGCUGGGAGUUUCGAGUGGCUGUGGAAACUUGACUGUAAAAUGACGCAUCGCUUCCUCUGCUGCAUCAGCCGCCCUUUCACGGGUUUCAGGGCCACAUGUGGCUAAGUGCUACCAAAUUAGGCAGCAGAGACUAUAGACUAUUUCUGUCAUGGACCAGCGCUGUACAGUGAAACUGCUCACAGAAAAGGGGAAGCAGAGCCUGAGAUAAAGGCAGGGUAAUUUCUCAACCCCUAUUUAGACAUCUUUUUUCUAAUUCAUUAAAAAGAGCAAGAAUUUUUUCCUUCCCUCUCUUCCCCUCCACAACCAACUUCCACCUCCCUGGGGGCGCUGUUGUUCCUGCUGAGAAUGCCUGGACAGCCUGGCAGUCAUGAGCCUGUUCAGCCAGGGCUUUUAAGCUGCCAUACAGAAUCCAGAUUUGAUUAAAACUACUGGGGGCCAAGGACAGCAGCGCACACCCCUAAUCCAGCUGCUCAGGAGGCCAAGACAAGGGGAUUGCAAGUUUGAGGUCGGCUUGAGCAAUGUAGCAAGACCCAGACUUGGAAUAAAAUGCCCUGGAGUUGUAGCUCAGUGCUCCAGUCCUUCAGUCCCCAGUACUGGAAAACAAGCAAGGAACACAAAAGUAUGGGGAAGCAACUACAGGAUUUUAAGGAGGGGACCUGUAAGGUUUAUUCUGUCUUUAGAGAGUCACUUGGAUGAUUUUCUGUGGCGUAGCUUGGGGAGAGGGUGGAGGUUUAUCCUAGGGUGAUGGAGGAAGAUGGAGGCAGUUGAGGUGCGUUUUGGAGAUGAAACAGCGGCUCUGCUUGAUGGUAAUGGGGGACCUCGGAGUCUCCAGACCUCCCCAGGAUUCUGGUGUGACUGCGAGUCGAGUGGUUCCACUGACUGAAUAAUAACCGGCAGAGUGGCACAGUGGUGGUUUAUCGGAAGUUCACUUAUGAUGUCAGACUCGACCUGUGGCAGGAACUGCUAAAGUGGCGACUCCACCCAUGUCCUGGAUUUGGCUUUCCUGGGGAGUGGCCUCAAUACCAGUCCCUCCCCUUCCAUCUUCUCAGCAAAACGUGGCCUAUCCUAGAGAUCCCAGCGUUGGAGAACCCACUGAAGGAGAAACCCAUGUGUGUGUCUUAGGUAACCAGAGUCCUCUCUAAUAGGAAGCAAGCUAAAGGAAGAACUUCUGCAGAAAUGGAAAAAUGGCAGGGUGGGCUGUGUACCUUUUUUUUGUUGUUUUGAGAGACAGAGUUUCACUCUUUUGCCUCGGCUGGUCUCAAGCCUCCGACCUCAGACUCCCAAGUAACUGGGACAAGAGACCAGCCUAUGCCUUUAUUCUGGAAAUUCAAAGUACCAAAAUGAUGUGGGUGGAUAUUUCUUUUAAUAUGAAAGAAACACACACAAAGUGAAGGUACCAAAAAUUAGGUGACAGUUACAUUCGCUGUUCCACCAAAUGCGUUGUUAUGCUGUGUAGUGAGAGACAGUGAAUAUCUAAGCUCUCCUGCUGAGAUGUCCCGGUUACCACACCCAAAGAGGAAAGGGAUGGCAGGUCCCCUGCUGGUGUUCCUUUGGAUAGGUUGCAACACAGCAUCCCUAUGCGAAUCCCCUCUGCGUGGAUCUGCUGUUGUGCACCCCCUGCAUUAAUGCUGGGCGUGACAGCCAGACAUGCUGUCACCGUUGGGCCACCAGCAGGUGUGAUGGCUGCAGAGACUCCACAGCACAGGCUUUGCUCUUUUGGAACCCAUCUGCCAGCCUGUGAGGACGCUCAUCCGCAGCUAAAGGACAGGAGGCUGGGUGGGGAUCGGAAGUGGCAGCCAGCACCGACUGACAGACCUAAAUGAAGUCACGUUUGGGACUGCAGAAGAGCAGAAAAUGCCACCCCGCAUUACACCUUUUUCGGGCACAGGUUAUUUUGAGCUGAUUCCUUUGAGAAACAACAUAUAGAGGAGAAGCUCUGAAAAGCUCUUGUAAGAACAUUCACAUCUGUUAAUCAAGAAUAAAAUCAACCUAGUGGAGAACAAAGAGAAUUACGUUUAUUGGAGGCUAAGUAGGACUGCAAAUGGGGAAACACAGGUUGAAGCCAUCUUGAAAAUGUGCUCUGAGGUUGGACAAGGUGGCCCCUGGGUUGAUAGUUCUAAUCCACAAGGAGGUGGGUAACGAGACACUUGGUCAGGAGUUGCGAUCGGUGCUGGCAAAUGUUAAUCCGUCUUGGUGUCUGGGUAGCCGAGGAAAGAGACCAUUGUAUAGAGAGGCAGCAGAGAUGAACUUGUUCGAAGGUGGAGUCACACAGGGCGGGCAAAUCUGCAGCCCGUCAGACACUCAGCUGUGUCCGAGAUCGGGCCUCCCAACCCCAUGGUAAGCUCCCCAAACCAUGCUGCUCAAUUUUGAUUUUUUUUUUCUUGGUGGUACUGGGGAUUGAACCCAGGAACUUUGUACUAAGCUACAUCCCCAGCCCUUUUUGUUUAUUUUUUUCUUUGGAAAGGGUCUCACUGAAUCACUGAGUUACCAGGCUGGGCUCAAGCUUGCUCCUCCUGCCUUAGCCUCCUAGAGUACUGGGGUUCCCCCCGUAACCUCUUUUAAUUUAGCAAUCUCCACUCAUAUGUGUGUUGUCCUCUCUGAACCAGGAGGAGAAGGAUGACUGAAUCAGUGGGAACUCUUACCAGUAUGGAAGGCACCUAAGUCUGUACUUACCCAUAUUGACUGUGCUUUUCUUGGCUACCUCCCCUUGCCCUGCCUCUCCACCCCCUUCUUCCUUUGAGUGAAGGGUGGUAUUGAAACCUGAGUUCUGAGCCACCUCCUUGAUUGACUGCUGCUCAUUUUCUCUGGGUGUCUCCUGUGUGUGUUAACCAUGGUGAUGAGCUGUGUUUCUCUUGUUAAUCUGUCCUGUAGGAAAGGAGUUGACUGCCAUCUCAGUCUUCCUUUCCUAAAAACUGUGGAGGGUGGAGGAAAAGUUCUCUUUCCUCCACUGCAGACCUGUCAGGUGCCUCUAGCCCCAGAGGUGAGCCCAAGGAACCAGCCCGUACAGCUGAUCCCAUUUGAUGUAACUCCACACAGGUCACGCUAUGAUUUGGCAGUGAAAUGAAAAGGAUACAAAAACAAAUCAGCACAGCAAACUUUUGACUUUGGUGAAGCAAAUCUUUCUUGUUAGAGAAAUGAUCACAAAUGUCUUUUCUUGUAUAUUUGUUUUAAAAAAACCAUUUAUUUCAUUUGCAUCAAUCUUGUGUGUAAAUAUAAAGGAAAAUAUUUAUAAGAACAGGUUGGAUUUGGCCCAGAAGCUAUAGUGGGCUAAACCCUAGCAUAGAAAACUCCCUUUUAAAAUUUUUGAAUAAAAAUUGUAAGUGUUAAGAAAACAUUGCAAUUGUUUAAUUGGCAGUUUUGUGUUUCUUAAUGAUACCAAAAUUAUUCUUACCGGUGGUAUUUUAGAUUGAAUAAAAUACAGGAUGUGGAUCUGUAAGGGAUACAGUAUCACAUGUGGCUCAAUGGGAACAUGAAGUUCCCAAGUUUAGAUCACACUUCUAAAGUUGUAGGCAGCAUUGUAAUGUCCUUCCAGUUUGGUGGGGCAAUAUGUGACACGAUGUCCAGAACUUGAUGAAACCUGAUUAACAGGAUAUUUACAUAUAUAUAUUUUCAAAAUUUAAACCAAAAAAUACAAAAAUUGAGCUGUGUGUCAUGGUACAUGCCCGAAAUCCCAGCAUUCUGGGUGGCCAAGGCAGAAGGAUCACAAAUUUGAGUCCAGCCUAGACAACUUAAUGACUUAGUGAGACCCUCUCUCAAAAUAAAAAUAAUUUUUAAAAGGGCUGGGGGCUAGGGAUGUAGUUUGGUGUGAAGGCCCUGGGUUUAAUCCCCAGCACUAAAGAAGAAAACAGUUUUACAUAUUUAGGGUGUCCUAUGUGAUGUUUCCAUGCACGUAUACAUUGUGUAAUGUCUAAAUCAGGUUAAACUUAUCUAUGCCCUCAAACACCCAUCAUUUAUUUUCCCCCUAUCAUUUCUUUAUGGUGAAAACAUUCAAAAUUCUUUCUUACAGCUUUUUGAAAUAGUACAUGCUUAUCAUUUGUAGUCACCCUACUGCACAACUCUAUACCUGACAGUUGGUUACCAUUGAUCAGGACCAUGUGGAUUUGAGUGAUAAGGUCUUUCCUCAGCGAAAGCACCGGCAUGAAUUCACACGCCAAAGCGCUCCUGCUCUGCUGCUGGAGUAGCUGACAGGGCCUCAGAUACCUCCCUCUCACCAUUACUCCUCUGAAGUGAUAAGCGUCCAGCUUACACAUGAAGUUGGUCCUUAUAUCCUUCUUUUACCAAGUGGAAUCAGAGUAACGUGGAAGGUAACCAGUGCUGGAUUGUGGGGCCAAGAAAGCACAAAUGGCUUGAUACGUCUGCCUCCUGGAGAAUGGUGAUUCUUUCAGGAUUUUCUGGGUUUGCAAUGAUGGGAACAAAAAGUCUAGUGCAGGCAGAGAGGCUCCCUCUCAUAGCAG